CACAGUCUGUCCAUUGCACGUCUGCACUCUUUGCUCACUUUCUUUCGUUGUUCGGUCUUUUAAAUUGUAUCUCAAAAUGUCUGAAUACCAUCGUCCAGAUCAGAAGAAAGUCCAAUCUCUAAAAGACAUAGCUAAUAAGCUAAGAAUUUAUAGUGUGAAAGCCACAAAUGCUUCAAAGUCAGGGCAUCCAACAUCAUGUGCAUCUAUGGCAGAAAUAAUGUCUGUAUUGUUUUUUAACACGAUGCGAUAUAAAGUCAGUCAUCCAGAUGAUCCUUCCAGUGAUAGGUUUGUACUCUCAAAGGGUCAUGCCGCUCCUGUUCUGUACUCUGCUUGGGUUGAGGCUGGUCUUUUCACCGAAGAAAAACUGUUGACAUUGAGRAAGAUCGACUCUGAGUUGGAAGGUCAUCCAGUGCCGCAUAGACAGUCCUUUGUUGACGUGGCAACCGGCUCUCUUGGUCAAGGACUCAGCUGUGCUUGUGGCAUGGCAUACACUGGUAAACACUUUGAUAAAGCAAGCUAUCGUGUSUACUGCGUGUUGGGAGAUGGAGAAAGUGCAGAGGGAGCCGUGUGGGAAGCUAUGCAUUUUGCAAGCUAUUACAAACUAGACAACCUUGUAGCCAUAUUUGAUAUCAACCGUCUAGGACAAAGUGAGCCAACAUCGCUGCAACAUGACAUGGAAACAUACAGRAAGAGGAGUGAAGCUUUUGGCUGGAAUACUAUUGUACUUGAUGGGCAUGACGUUGAAGCGCUGUGUCGUGCUCUCUAUGAAGCAGAGAAUACUAAAGGAAAACCAACCUGUAUUUUGGCUAAAACUUACAAAGGCAAAGGGUUCCCUGGUGUGGAAGACUUUGAAAAUUUCCAUGGGAAAGCUAUGGGAGACAGAGCUGGUGAUAUYAUWAAAGCAGUKCAGGAGAGGAUAGUCAACCCUUCUCAUGAUCUCAAACCUGGURUUGUAGUUGACGAUGCUCCGGCUUUGUGUGGAGCAAAUAUCAAACUCUCACAGCCGCCGAACUAUAAUCUAGGUGACAAGGUCGCUGCACGCAAUGCCUAUGGUACAGGACUGACCAAACUYGGCGAGUCAUGUGAUCGUGUAGUUGCUCUGGACUGCGAUGUCAAGAAUUCAACUUUUUCGAUCACAUUCAAGAAAGCGUUUCCUGACCGCUUUAUUGAAUGUUUCAUUGCCGAGCAGAACAUGAUAGGUGUUGGGGUGGGGUGUGGUACUCGCAAUCGUACCAUCCCAUUUGUUAGCACCUUUGCAGCUUUCCUAUCUCGUGGCUAUGACCAGAUCCGUAUGGCAGGGGUUUCUCAUUCUAAUGUGAACUUCUGUGGGUCUCAUGUUGGUUGCUCAAUAGGUGAGGAUGGUGCCUCCCAGAUGGCCCUGGAGGACAUUGCCAUGUUCCGUGCUGUCCCUAACUGUGCUGUAUUCUACCCAUCGGAUGCCGUGUCAUGUGAAAGAUCUGUUGAACUGGCAGCAAACUACAAGUACAUGACAUUCAUCCGUACUUCACGRCCAGCUACUCCAGUCAUAUACAAGAAUGAUGAAGUCUUUGAGAUAGGCAAAGCUAAGGUUGUGCGUCAAAGUGCAAAUGACGAGGUAUUGGUGGUUGGUGGUGGUGUUACUCUUCACGAGGCCUUGAAAGCUGCUGAUGAACUCGCCAAGGAGGGCAUCAAUGUUAGAGUUAUGGAUUUGUUUACUGUUAAACCAAUUGACCAAAAUGCCUUGAUUGAACAUGGAAAGGCAACUGGCUGUAGGAUACUCACUGUGGAAGACCACUAUCCUGAAGGUGGCAUUGGUGAAGCCGUCUGCUCGGCUGUAGCUGAAUUAGGUUCAAUGCACGUUCACCGUCUUGCUGUUCCUCGUGURCCACAGAGUGGGCCGCCAAAUGAACUUCUAGAAAUGUUUGGCAUCUCUGCAAGUUGCAUUGUCAAAGAAGUCAAGAAAAUACUGUCCUAAUAAGGUCAAUGCCUUAUUUGGGUGAAACUAUAUAUUUCCAAAUAAGGAAAUAUGUUCAUAUAUGGAAGCCAAGUCACCAUGGUAUAUGGUUAAAACUGGACACAACUUUUGUAUUCAAUGUUACAGGCAGUGAAAUACCAUUGCCUGCAAUAUUGUGUGCAUUAGCAAUCAGGAUGCAUAGUUAUUAGAUUAGAUUACUAGUAGUAAAGAUAUUUUAGUAUGGUAUCUGAUGGGUGAUUUUGUUAGAGAACAUAAUAUUGAUAAGGGUUGUUAAACAUACAUAACUGUUUUGAAAACAGAGGCUAAAAAUAAAGGAGUUACGCACAAUUUAUAACGUAUUGUUGUUCAAGAUAAUUAUUUCAUUCAGUUUUCAUUAAAAUCUUACUUGGGUUACACUGUAAUAACASCAAGAGAUUGUGAAAACCUUCACUAAAGUAAUUCAACAAUAAACUUAACUUUGGUACAAA